AUGGUAUUAACAAAACGUACAUCUAAUAUACCAUUGAUUUGUCAAAUAUGUGGUGAUAGAGCACGUGGUAUCAAUUUUGAAGUAAUAACAUGUAUGUCAUGUAAAGCUUUCUUUCGACGUCAUGCAUUACAACCUGCAAAUCAUGUACAUUGUCAAUUAGAUGAUAAUUGUGAUAUAACACAAUUUACACGCAGUGGUUGCUCAGCUUGUCGUCUAAAAAAAUGCUUUACACUUGGUAUGAAUCCGAAGCUAAUCAGGCAUUCAUUACAAAUCAAUCGUCAAUGCGUGAAAAAGAAGCCAUCACUAUUACCAACGCCAUUACCAUUAAAUCUUCUACAAAAUGAUGCAUCAACUCUAUCAAAUAGUGAAUGGAAUCUUUUAUCAAAUGUUAUUCAUGCAUACGAUCAAGGAAAUGCCAUAGAACACACAAAAUUUAUGCUUCAACAGCAAUCAAUCUUACCACCAAAACUUCGGAUAAAAUCAAUAACAACAAUGGAUAUCAUUGGUUUUUUCUAUACAACAGUUCAAUCAUUUAUUGAACGUACAUCUUAUUUUCAAGAUUUAUCAAUAGAUGUACGUCAAACACUUUUACAACGAAAUAGUGAGAUAGCAGGAGCAUAUAAUUCACUAUUUAUUGUACGUGAAUCAAAUGCCUUAACUUAUCCAGCUUAUUUAUUCGGUUCUUCGAAUCUUUAUGGUCAUGAAAACGUUCCUAGAUUAAAGAAAUUUAUUUCAUUAUUGGAAAAUAAUGGAGUACUUUUCAAAAUAAUGCUUUUAGUAAUUGGGUUUUCCAACAGUUGUUCAAUCGUUAAUCCAGAUGAUAUGAAAUAUAUGACAACAGUUACAAAUAUUAAUUCUUUAAUUCAUAUAGAAAAUACAUUAGUAACAAUGUUAUGGAAAUAUUUGAAUUAUCAAUAUGGAUUUUCGGGCGCUGUAAAAUGUUUUAGUUCUUAUGUUAUAUUCAUCUUAAAUAUUAUUCGAUGGAUUGAAAUAGGACGUGAUCGUCAACAUGAAGAUUUGAUUGAUGUAUGUGUAGAAAAUAUCGAUCAAUCAUUAGUAGUAAUUAAUUGA